AUGAUGUUUGCCUGUAUUAUUCUUUUGUACCCAUCGUAUUUUCCGGACCGUACGCUUCCGGAUGAACGGUUGUUUGGGUCCCUUAAACGUCACCUUGAUAGAAAAGACUUCAGUUGA